AUGGUCUUGAGAAAUUUCAGCUCGGAUGCCCUGGACAGCCUAUGUACCCGGGAACAACUCGAUCUCUUGAAUUCCAUCGACACGCUCCGUUCCCAAGGUAUCAGCCACUAUGUGUCCCUGCCGCAGAUUAUUGUCUGCGGUGACCAAUCCUCAGGAAAGAGUUCGGUCCUCGAGGCGAUAUCCGGUGUCUCCUUCCCCGUCAAAAGCAACCUCUGCACACGGUUCCCUACAGAGCUCGUGCUCCGAAAAGAUACCAAUGUUGGAGUUAGAGUGUCUAUCGUACCACACCACUCGCGUAGCGAGGCAGAACAACGGUCCCUGGGGAGUUUCUGCGAAGAGCUCGACAGUUUCGACGGACUGCCUCAGCUAGUCGAGAAUGCCAAAGCAGCAAUGGGCAUAUCCACCCAUGGCAAAGCAUUCUCGAAUGAUCUCCUCCGGAUUGAAGUAUCAGGACCGGAUCGACCGCACUUGACCAUUGUCGACCUGCCCGGGCUUAUCCACUCGGAGACAAAACAACAAUCUGCAGCAGAUGUUCAACUCGUGCAGAAUGUGGUACAAUCCUAUAUGAAGGAGCCGCGAAGUGUCAUUCUUGCAGUGAUAUCAGCGAAAAAUGACUAUGCCAACCAAAUAGUCUUACGACUCGCAAGAGAUGCCGAUAAGUCCGGCGAUCGAACCUUGGGGGUUAUCACUAAGCCUGAUACGUUGGUUUCCAAUUCCGAAAGCGAAAAGAUGUUCAUAUCCCUGGCAAACAACAGAGACGUCGAGUUUCGGCUAGGAUGGCAUACGCUAAGAAAUAUGGAUAGUGAUGAGGGAAGCUGGACCCUGGCCGAGCGUGAUAGGAAAGAGCGUGAGUUCUUUUCUAAGGGUGCGUGGGUGGAGAUGCCGCCUUCAUGUGUUGGAAUCAAUGCUCUGCGGAACCGCCUCAGCAAGGUGCUUCUGCGGCAAAUUGCGGCGGAGCUGCCAAGCCUUAUUGAUGAGAUCAAGAACAAACAAGAUAAUUGCAAUCGACAAUUGAUCAAGCUUGGUCAGCCGCGAACCACUUUGGAUGAGCAGAAGACUUAUCUUCUUAGGAUCAGUCAAUCGUUUCAGACCUUGGUCAAGGCAGCCGUCGAUGGCACAUACAAUGAACCAUUCUUCGAGCGCGCCCAAUCCUCUACGGGCCAACAAAAGCGUAUUCGUUCACUUCUUCAGAACCUUAAUGAAGAAUUUGCAGAGCGUCUGACUGUACAAGGCCACUAUCGUAAUAUUGUGGCACUUAAGUCUAAAGAUGAGGACCGCAAAGGGCAACUGUCGAUCACGCGAAGCGAGUUUAUUGAUCACAUCCAGGAGCUCAUGAGACAAACAAGAGGGAGAGAGCUGCCAGGCACAUUUAAUCCGAUGAUCAUCGGCGAACUAUUCAAGGAGCAAUGCGGCCCUUGGAAGGAUAUAACUCACCGACAUAUUCUUGAGACAUGGGAGGUCGUCGAGAGAUUUCUAUUACUUCUAACAAGCUAUGUUGCCGACGAAGCCACUUCUGUGAUCCUCUUUGACAAGGUCAUCUCACCCGCACUGAAUCAGCUCAAGAAGUCUUUGAUUAAAGCAUGUGAAGAACUAGUUGGAAAUCACCAGCAAGGCCAUCCAAUCACGUACAAUCACUACUUCACGGAGACGAUACAUAAAAUUCGUGAGGAGAGGCGCGCGACUUCCGUGCGCGAAACGAUCAAGGAUUUCUUUGGGGUUGCUGAAGAAAGACCAAAUUAUGUGUACUUACAGAAUGAGUAUAAUCUGGAGAAGCUGGUUCAAUCAAUUCUAUCGUUCGAUGAACCGGAUAUGAUGCGGUUUGCAUCAGCCGAAGCUUUGGAUUGCAUGCUCGCUUAUUAUAAGGUGGCGCUCAAGCGCUUUAUCGACGACGUUGCAGUCGAAGUUGUGGAGGUCAAACUGGUCCAGUCUCUAUCUGAUAUAUUCACACCCCUCAAAGUCUUCGAGAUGCCGGCUGAGCUGGUAUCGCGCAUCGCCGGUGAAUCGGAUGAAAACCGUGCCCUGCGGCAACAAUUGAACAAGAAGUUACAAGUACUUGACAAAGGCUUGUGGACUUGCCGACAAUUCGCUAGUAGCCGUGGCAUUGGAAUGAAUGGUAUCAAGGAAGCACGUCAUUUGGAUCCGAAGGAAGGAGAAGGAGAUGGGCUUGGAUUAUCGCAAACUGAGGAAGAGGACGAUAUCUCCUCGCAAGUCUAUUUUGAUCAAAGUGACGAAGGUCUGUAA